AUGUUACCUGUGCAAGAACAAGCAGAAAUCAUCCAGAAGGUUCGCGGCGCCUUGGAGAAGUAUGAAUCCAAGUUGAGCACGAUCAACCAGAAGAUCUGGUCAAACCCAGAGCUGGCAUUCAAAGAGUAUGAUGCCCAUGACCACAUCUGUGAGGUCUUCGAGUCGCUCGGGCCGGAGUACCAAGUUCACAGAAAGGCCUAUGGCGUUGAGACUGCGCUUGAGGUUAUUUACAAACGUGGAAAUGGUGGGCGUGUGAUGGCAUUUAAUGCCGAAUAUGAUGCCUUGCCGGGCAUGGGCCAUGCAUGCGGACACAAUUUGAUCGCUACCAGUUCGAUUGCCGCUUUCCUGGCUACUUGUGAGACAAUGAGCUCCAUCUAUGCUGAUCAGAUCGGAUAUUCUGUUCGUCUAUUGGGGACACCGGCCGAAGAAGGCGGUGGUGGAAAGCUUCUUCUCGUCGAGGCUGGAGCAUACAAAGAUGUCGACGCUUGCUUCAUGGUGCACCCGUUCCCAGUGCUUUCUGGUGCGCCAGAACUGAUCAGCUCGAGCUCUUGUUCUGGACAGUACCUUGCUAAUGACAAGGUUGAGGUGACCUUCACGGGUAAGCCGGCGCAUGCCUCGGCAGCUCCGUGGGAGGGCGUUAAUGCACUUGAUGCCGUCGUGUCCGCGUACGUCAAUAUCUCCAUGCUGCGACAACAGAUCUUGCCCACACAGAAGAUCCAUGGUGUUGUCUUGCGUGGUGGAGACAGGCCCAACGUGAUUCCUGCUUCUACGACAGUUGAAUACUACAUUCGGUCUGAUACUGUCAAGACCUUGAAGCCCUUGACCGAAAAGGUGCUGAAAUGCUUCGAGGCUGCUGCUAUUGCUACGGGCUGUACUGUGGAGUACAAAUGGGAGGCUGCAUACAAGGACAUGAAGAUCAACAAGCCAAUCUGCGACAGCUAUGUCUCCGCUAUGAACGCCAUGGGCCACAGUACUAUCUUUGAUGCCGCUGGACAAGAAGGAGGACUAAGUGGCGGAUCUACCGAUAUGGGCAAUGUUUCGUACGAAGUCCCUGGUUUCCACGGUGGAUUCUAUAUUCAUGCAGACGGAGUUAAUCAUACACCGCAGUUUACUGCAGGGGCCGGGUCCGAAGAAGGAUUCCAACGGAGUUUACAUUGUGCGGCGGGAAUGGCGGUGGUGGCGUCUAGGGCCUUGGUCGACGAAAGCUUUGCCACUGCGAUCAAGUCGGAUUUUGGAAAAGACCUUUCCUAG